AUGAAGGCAGUUGCAUUGUUUUUGAUCUUACUUGUCAUCGCUGUCGAUGCCGGAAAACUUUCUCCUAAUAUCAAGACGUUUGAUGAAGAAGAAACACCAAAACGUGCACGAUGUCUUUGCGACAACUCCAACCUAAUUGGAGAUAUUUAUGCGGAUUCCUGUCCUACACUUUCGAUGUGGGAAUGUGGCGAAGUUGAUGAAGGAGGAAAACUGCAAGACGAUAUUCAUGUAAGCGCCAAUGGCUCUGUUUUUGUAAAAUCUAACAUAAGACGAGGAAUUUUACCAAGAAUGUUAGAGGAGAUAUUAUACACACGUAUUAUGGUAAAGAAAGCUAUGAAAGAUUGUAAAGAUGAUAAAACUCUUCUUCAACUUCUUGAUGCUCGACAACUUGCUUUAAAGUUGAUUGCAAAUGUCACUUAUGGUUAUACAUCAGUAAUUGCUGACGCCAUUGUUCCUAAAGCACGCGAGACCCUAGAACGAGCUAUCAAUCUCGUGAACACAUGGGAUGAGUGGAGUGCUCAUGUGGUAUAUGAGGACACCAAUAGUCUUUUCGUAUUAGUAAAAUGUGCCAGUAAAGAGGAAGCGUUUAAGAUUGGAAAAGAAAUUGUUGAUGCUGUUACUGCAGAGAAUCCUAAACCUGUGAAACUAAAGUUUGAAAAGGUAUAUAUGCCUUGUGUUCUUCUAACAAAGAAACGUUACGUUGGUUAUAUGUACGAAACAUUAGAACAGAAAGAUCCAGUGUUUGAUGCGAAAGGAAUAGAGACUAUACGGCGAGAUACAUGUCCAGCAGUCGCAAAGAUUUUAGAGAAGUCUUUAAGGAUUUUGUUUGAAGAAAGAGACGUGAGUCUUGUGAAGAAGUUUGUCCAGCGGCAGUUCGUUAGAAUGAUGAAAGAUAGAGUAUCGAUUCAGGAUUUCAUCUAUGCUAAGGAAUAUAGUGGUAUGAAAAGAUAUAAACCAAAAGCAUGUGUUCCAGCUUUGGAAAUUGCAAGACGUCAUUUGUCACGUGAUCGUUGCGCGGAACCUCGCGUGGGAGAACGUGUACCUUACGUCAUUGUUAACGGCAGUCCUGGACUACCAUUGAUUCAAUUGGUUAAAGAUCCUAUUGAUGUGUUAAAUGAAAAUGUACGCCUCAAUACCAUCUACUAUGUUCAGAAACAAAUACUUCCUCUAUUGGAUCGAGUUGUUUCCUUGAUUGGUGUUGAUGUGUUUUCAUGGUAUACACAACUACCCCGCUAUAUCCCUCAACAUCGUGUUAUUGCAAAGAAACAAAAACACGGUUUGUGUCAAAGUUGUCGUAGCAACCCUCAAAAGUCUGUCUUUAUUCUGGCAAGUAGUGUGGGGAACAGGGAAAGAGAAUACAGUCAUCUUAAAGAGAUAUGUUUUCAGUGUUGUGGAGCUAGAAAUGAACAACUGGGCUGUAUAUAA